AUGAAGUUCGGCCAGCAGCUGCAGAGCUCCUUGAUCAAGGACUGGUACUACUACUACAUCUCCUACGACGAGCUCAAGAGACUUCUCCAGCCCGAACUCCAGUCAAAGUCUACCGCCGAGAACCCCAACGCUCCCUCCAAGAAAUGGACCGACGAACACGAAACUCGCUUCUACCGUGAGCUUGAGGCCGAGCUGGACAAGGUCUCGAACUUCCAGCAGGUCAAGAGUGGCGAGAUCCAGCGUCGCAUCAAGAUCAGUGAGCGCGAGGUCACAGAGGUCAUCUCCCGCGCAAAGGCCGCUCUAGAACAACGCGAGAAUGAUCAGUCGAAUACAGAGGUCCCUAGCGAGGAGGACUUUGCAAUGCUCGAGGAGGAUCUGUCCGACAUCAUUGCCGAUGUGCACGACCUGGCCAAGUUCACCCAGCUCAACUACACUGGCUUCCAGAAGAUCAUCAAGAAGCACGACAAGCUCUACCCUGACCAGCAAUUGAAGCCCCUCUUUGCUGCUCGCCUCAAUGCAAAGCCCUUCUUCAAGGACAACUACGACGCUUCCAUUGUCCGUUUGUCCCAGCUCUACGACCAAGUCCGCACCCGCGGCAACCCAACCAAGGGUGACUCCGCCGCUGGUGGAAGCCAACAAAACUUCAUCCGUCAGACCACAAAGUACUGGGUACAUCCCGACAACAUCACCGAGCUCAAGCUCAUCAUCCUCAAGCACUUGCCCGUGCUCGUCUUCAACCCCAGCAAGGAGUUUGAGAUCAAGGAUUCGGCCAUCUCCUCCAUCUACUACGACAACACAGAUACUUGGGAGCUGUACGAAGGCCGUCUCAAAAAGACCGAGGGCGCAGAAGCUAUUCGCCUGAGAUGGUAUGGCGACAUGGACGUUGACACCAUCUUCGUCGAGCGCAAGACCCACAGAGAAGAUUGGACUGGAGAGAAGUCAGUCAAGGCCCGUUUCGCACUCAAGGAGAAGAACGUCAACGCUUUCAUGCGUGGAGACUACACUGUUGAACAAGCUUUCGAGAAGAUGCGCCGCGAUGGCAAGAAGAGCGAGAAGGAGAUCGCCGACCUCGAGCAACUUGCCAGAGAGAUUCAAUAUCGUGUCAUCACCCGCAAGCUGCAACCCGUCACCCGCUCUUUCUACAACCGCACCGCCUUCCAGCUGCCUGGCGAUGCCCGAGUUCGUAUCUCGCUCGAUACUGAGUUGACCAUGACUCGCGAAGACAACCUUGAUGGACGCGAUCGUGCCGGCAAGAACUGGCGCCGUAUGGACAUUGGUAUCGACUGGCCCUUCAGUCAACUACCCCCUGAAGAUGUCGAGCGCUUCCCCUACGCUGUCCUUGAGGUCAAGCUGCAAACACAGGCCGGCCAACAGCCUCCCGAGUGGAUUCGUGAGCUUGUCGCAUCUCACUUGGUCGAAGCCGUGCCCAAGUUCUCCAAGUUCAUUCACGGUACUGCAAAACUCAACCCUUCCCGUAUCGAUUUGCUGCCCUUCUGGAUGCCUCAGAUGGAUGUCGAUAUCCGCAAGCCUGUCUCGCAUCGUUUCGGUAUUGAACGUCCUGGCCAAAGCACAGACAUUUCUACCAGCGGGCACAUGGACGAUGACACUGAUGAUGAGAUGGAAGAUGCUGCCAAUCUGCCCAACGGUGACGAUGAGAACUACCGCCGUCUGCGCGCCGCUAGGGAUGCUCUUGAGCAGCAUGAGGUCGCUCAACGCAUGGAUUACGGCACCACUAACGGCGGCGCUGACCCCAACUCGCUGGACGAGGAAGAGCGUCUGGCCGCCAGACCUAUCACUGACGACGAUGACUAUCCUCUGUAUGACAGUGACGAUGAGGAUGAUGACCUUGAGGAAGCAAAGCGUAUUGGCGGCUGGACAUAUCGUCGCAAGCUGAUGACACACUAUGCCGAAAAGGUCGGCGACAAGCUGGCAAGCGCUUUCAGACUUGCUGCACCCGUGCCCAAGCCUACUCCUAUGCCUUCAAAUGGCAACGCCUCUAUGGGUAUCCCGAACGCCAGAAACAAUGAUCAGGUCCGCGAGAAGCGUUAUAAGGCCCCUAAGGGUAAGAAGAUUCACGUACCAGUGCGUGUCGAGCCCAAGGUCUUCUUCGCAGCUGAGCGCACAUUCUUGUCAUGGCUCGAGUUCAGCAUCAUCAUUGGCAGUAUCGCCGCUACUUUGCUCAACUUCGGUGACACCGCCGCCUUGGCUUCUGCCUGGGCCUUCACCAUUGUCGCCUUGUUCGCCAUCUGCUACAGCAUGGGACUAUAUCUCUACCGUGUGCAAUCUAUCCGCAGCCGUCGCGCCAUCACCUACCACGAUAAGUGGGGUCCUAGCGCCUUGUGCGUUCUUCUGUUCGCUGCUGUGACCGUCACAUUUGUCUACAGAUUCACACACGAAAGCAAAGGUGGUCUCAAGGGCGAUCUCAAGGGUCGCCUCAACGAGUAA